AUGUCAACCCAUUCAACCACACAACCCCACGAUCCAGCGAAAGGAUGCUGUCCGGGACAGAGCGGCAUACGCCACUACACAAAAAAGCGCUGGUCCAUCGAAGACGGCUUACAAUGGGGAUCUGAUCCUAGUUUCUGCUUCCACGGCUUCUCUUGCCCGAUCGGAACGUGGACAGAAGACCGCCUAGUUCAGAACUUAAUGCGCGAUAUGACCUACAUGUGCAGCGACAUCGACAUGGACAUUCUUGGCAGUAUGGACUUUAAGACUUCGGAUUACCUCACAAGUCACAAUAUUGGGGAGUGGGGCCCGACUAUUUUCAAGAAUGAGAAUGCUUCAUUGAAUUUCGACACCGGACGAUCAAACGCGGUGCCCAUGUCCCUGCCGGCCUUGUCGCCUACAUCACCGACCUCUUCGGCUUCGCCAGAUGAAACGAAAGACGUUGCGCCGCCGAAUAGGAAGAAACGAAAGUGCACACAGACGCCUGGGCAGACUCUUUGUCAUUGCCGCUCGGAGAAGAAGAGGAGGGAUGCUAUUGGAGAGGGAUACCGGAGUCUUUGUCGGACUGUACCUGGGCUCGAGAGGAAUAAUUUCACAAGGAAGUAUAUCCUAGAUGAAACAGCGAGAUUUGUGGAGUCCUUGGUGAAGGGCAAUGAAGAGUUGUAUCGACAAUUGGAAGCUCUCAGGCAGGAGGAAGUGAAGGAUAUCCCACUCUUCGAAGGACUAAUAUAA